AUGGGGGCCGGAGCAGGCUCCGGGCGGGGGCAGCUCUUCCUCCGCUCCCUCCUCUUCCUCCUGUUGGCCGGACCCCCGGCGCGGGGGCAGCUGCGCUACGCCGUGCCGGAGGAGCUGGAGCACGGAGCCUUCGUGGCCAACCUGGGUGAAGACCUGGGACUGGAUGUGUCCACCCUGUCAGCGCGGAGGUUCCGCAUCGUGUCGCGGGCCGGGGCCAGGCAGCACCUGGAGGUGAACCUGGAGAACGGGAUCCUCUUUGUGAACGAGCGGAUUGACCGGGAGGAGGUGUGCGAGGCCGGGGGGACCUGCCUGCUCCACCUGCAGCUCCUCGUCGAGAGCCCACUGGAGCUCUACCGUGUCGAGGUGGAGGUGCUGGACAUCAACGACCACGCACCCACCUUCCCUUGGCAGGAGUAUGUUCUGGAGGUGGCCGAGUCUGCCGUGCUCGGUGCUCGCUUCCCCCUGGAGAGCGCCCAGGAUCCUGACGUGGGCACCAACUCUGUGCACACCUACCGCCUCAGCCCCAAUGGCUUCUUCUCACUGGAGGUGCAGACACGCAGCGAUGCCAGCAAGUUUGCAGAGCUGGUGCUGGAGCGCGCCCUGGACCGUGAGCAGCAAUGCGUGCACCGGGUGCUGCUCACCGCUCUCGACGGCGGCGUCCCCGAGCGCUCCGGCACGGCUCAGAUCCUCGUCACCGUGCUGGACGCCAACGACAAUGUGCCUGCCUUUGACCAGCCCUCCUACGGUGUGAGCCUUCCUGAGGACGCUCCUGCUGGCACUCUGGUCAUCCAGCUCAAUGCCACUGACCUGGAUGAGGGCCCCAACGGGGAGAUUGAGUACUCCUUCAGUGGGCACGCACCGCCACGUGUCCGGGAGCUCUUCCACGUGGAGCCCCGGAGCGGGCAGGUGCUGCUGAAGGGCCGCCUGGACUAUGAGCGGGCCAGCCUCCACGAGCUCUACGUGCAAGCCAAGGACCGCGGGCCCUCGGCUGUGGCUGUGCACUGCAGGGUGCUCGUGCACCUCCUUGAUGUCAAUGACAAUGCGCCGGAGGUGACCCUCACCUCAGUGUCCACACCCGUGCUGGAGGAUGCCCCCCCAGGCACUGUGAUCGCUGUCAUCAGUGUUCUGGACCGGGACUCUGGGGACAAUGGGCGUGUGAGCUGUGAGGUCGGCCCCAAUGUGCCAUUCGAGCUCCGCUCCUCCUUCCGGAACUACUACACGCUGGUGACCACGCAAGCGCUGGACAGGGAGCUCGUGCCCGAGUACAACGUGAGCAUCACGGCUCGGGACAUGGGCUCACCUGCCCUGCUGACCCGCAGCACCCUCACCAUCCCUGUGUCUGAUGUGAACGACAACGCCCCGCGCUUCCUCCAGCCCUCCUACAGCGUCUACGUGAUGGAGAACAACGCACCAGGCGCCUCCAUCUGCUCUGUCAGCGCGUUAGACCCCGACUGCCAGCAAAACGCCUACCUGUCCUACUCCAUUGCCGACGGGCACAUCCAUGGCAUGCCCGUGGGCACCUACGUGUCUAUCAACUCAGACAGCGGGCACAUGUACGCCCUGCGCUCCCUCGACUACGAGCAGAUCCGCAGCUUUCAGAUCCAGGUGCAAGCGCAGGACGCGGGGUUUCCCCCACUCAGUGCCAACGUCACCGUGCACAUCUUUGUGUUGGACCAGAACGACAACGCCCCGGUCAUCGUUUCCCCCAUGCCGCGCAACGGCUCCGUUGCCACCGAGCUGGUGCCGCGCUCGGCCAGGCCCGGCUACCUGGUGGGCACGGUGUCAGCAGUGGAUGCGGACGCGGGGCUGAACUCUCGCCUCUCCUACCAGCUCCUCCAGGCUACUGACUUCACCCUCUUCAGCGUGGCGCCCGACACGGGGGAGCUGCGCACGCUGCGCUCCUUUCUGGAGCAGGAUGCCAGCCGGCAGCAGCUGGUGGUGCAGGUGCGGGACGGGGGGCAGCCAGCCCUCUCUGCCACCGUGUCCCUCCUGCUUUCGGUGGUGGAGACCAUGCCCCAGACUCUCUCCGACUUCAGCGAGUUCAGCCUCCCUCCAGAGGUCUCCUCAUCCUCCCCGCUCACCCUCUAUCUCCUUGUCUCCCUGGGCUCCAUCUCCUUCACCUUCCUCCUCGCCAUCCUCAUUCUCACAGCCAUUCGCUGCCGCGGCGAGCGGCGUUCCCGCCAGGGGGACAGCUGCUCGCCACCUCGCUGUCACUGCUGUCCCGGGUCCAGACCCUCCUCUGAUGGCCUGAAGACUUCCAACCUGACGGCGCAGCCCCCUGCAGGGACGGCGGCUGCCACCUGCCUUGAUGUGCCUGCGGGCGGCCCCCCAGGCUACUGCUACAAGGUCUGCCUUGGUCCUGAGUCUGCUCAGAGUGACUUCAUGUUCCUCAAACCCUGCAGCCCCCCCCGGAACAAUGAGAAGGACCCCGGGAAGCGGUCCCGGCCAGAGCAGCAUCUUCAGGUCUCCAAAGAGGCCAAGCAGCCCAACACGGACUGGCUGCCUCCAGUCACACAGAGCACACAGAGACCUGCCCUGAAAAGCUCCCAGAGCCUGGAAGAUGUGGGGGAAAUCCGUAGAGCCCUCCAGAAGGAGCACGAGAGGCUGUGCACACUGGUGACCCCUGUCUCUGAGUUUCAGAAGGCUUCAGCAGGCCCCAACAGCAUCUGGACACCCCACUACAGCCCCUUGUACCCAGCCCUGGAUUAUCAGCACAACGUUUACAUCCCUGGCACCCCCACUCUGCUUUCCAGCAAGGAUGGGCCCCUCUUCCCAGGCCGGGAGAACAAAAACAGCUUCUCCACCUUUGGCAAGAGGAAGAAGAUGACAACUUACUGUGACAUGCAUGACAGUGUGGUUAUCAACAACGACCUGAAAUAG